GCGCCUGUGGUUGCCAUGGCGGCGGCGGCGGCGGCGGCGGGCCUGGCCCGGCGUGGCUGGCAGGCCUUGGGCCUCGCCGGACUUGGGGCCUUGGCGGAGAGCGGGAGGCUGUCGUCGCGCUGCGCCUGCUCAGGUAUCAACCUCCAUUUCUCGAAGGACCCAUCCCAGCAGGGCAGGAUUGUCCCUGCUCGCUUGUAUGGAAAUGACUCUGCCCUGGAUUACAUCCUUGGGAUUACUAAAGAAGAUGCCCCAUCUUUGGUUGGUCAGCACCCACCGCCUUUGAGUGUCUUUAAAGCUGAGCAAGACGUUUUGCUGGGGCACCAGCCGGAUCAGCCUGAAAAUCCCAAGAUCUUGAGAAUCACCAUCAUCGGGGCUCCAAACGCUGGGAAAUCGACCCUGUCAAACCAGCUCUUGGGACGGAAGGUCCUGCCUGUCUCCAAGAAGGUGCACACGACCAGGCGCAACGCCCAGGGCAUCAUCACGAAGGAGGAUACGCAGCUGGUUGUCUUGGACACUCCAGGCCUCACCACACACCUCAAAGCCAAAAGGCAUCAGUUGGAAAAAACUCUGCUUUACGACCCCUGUAAGAGCUUGAAGAAUGCAGACCUAGUGCUAGUUCUUGUGGAUGUUUCGGACCAUUAUACCCGGAACCGCCUCCAUCCAGAGGUGCUCAAGUGUCUGGUUCGGUUCCCUGAGCUUCCCAGCGUCCUUGUCUUGAACAAGGUGGACCUGCUGAAGAAGAAAUAUCUCCUGCUGAACCUGGUGAUGGAGCUGACCGAGGGGGUCGUCAGUGGAAAGAAGCUGAAAGUCAAGUCCAGAGUCAAGCCAGACUCCCUUACUGACACCAAGCCCCCUGAGGUCACCCAGGCUUUAGUGACCUCUGAACACCCGUCCCCAGAGAUCAGGGAUCUGGAGGCAGAUCAAGGGCCUCAGCCUGGCUCUGUUUUGGAUGGUGAAGCCAGUGAGACUGCAGAAGAUGCGGGUUCAGUUCCUGCAAAGGAGAACAGGAAACACGUGAGGGAGAAAGCCAAGAAGGGCUGGCCCGGCUUCCAGGAGAUCUUUAUGCUGGCUGCUACCGAUAGAGAGGAAGUGGAGACUCUGAAGAGGUACCUUUUGAAGCAGGCCAGGCCAGGCCCUUGGGAGUUCCACAGCGAGGUCCUGACCACCCAGUCCCCGCAGGAGGUCUGUGAUAAUAUCAUCCGAGAGAAGCUUCUUGAGUAUCUGCCUGAGGAAGUGCCCUACACUGUGACCCAGAGGACGGAGGUCUGGGAAGAGGGGCCUGGCGGGGAGCUGGUCAUCCUGCAGAAUUUGAUAGUCCAGAAGGAGACGCAUGUGAAGAUGCUCAUUGGCUCCCGCGGCCACCUGAUCAGCAAGAUCGCCCAGGAGGCCGGCCGUGACCUGAUGAACGCUUUCCUCUGCGAUGUGCACCUGAAGCUUUCUGUGCGGCUGAAGAAAUGAGGGCCAUUGCUCCCCCUGCAGCAGCCAGGCCUUGCCAUGGAAGGGGCCACUCCAAGCCAACGACAAGGCCCUGCUUUCCUGCUCAUGGGUCUCACCAACAACUGGCCCCAAGGACUUCUUCCUAACUUCUUCUCUCCUGUCCCAAAGCCUGCAGCAAUUGCUUGACGGGGGCAGCCUGGCUCUCCUGCCUCAGGUCCCAUUUCAGGCGGGUCAUGUCAAGGGAAGGACUACAGACAGACCCACGGCCAGCACAUGAUGAUACACAAGAAGGAAAUGGCAGUGCCAGGUUGCCAAUGCAUGUAUUUCACUGAAAUUGUGCACAUGCACACAGCUCCGUGGUUUCAUGUGAUGUGGACCCCCAGACUAUGCGGCUAAAUCUCAUGCUCUCUCUGGCUCGUACAAUGACUGCUGCCUGGGGUGGGUGUAGGCUGGUGCCAUUUCACUCUGCUAGCAGGAGAAGAGAUGCAAACAUUUCAGAAGCUGCCGCCUGGAGCCUGGCACUCCCAUCUCAGUUUGUCUGCAGCACCUUGAGUCAGGGCAAUGGCUUGUCUCUUUCAGCCAAAGACCCUUCUGGGCUCUGAUGCGGCUGCUGUGCUCUCAAUAAAUUGAGGUGGUCGCUCAGGCAACA